GCGCAGCUUUCACGUAAAAGGACAGACGAGUCAUUGUCGACGCUCCCUUGACUUUCUGAUGAAAUCUCAAACUGAAACGUAAGACAGACGGAAGCGACUCGGUGAAAUUUGAAAUUGUAUUCUAAAGGGAAAUCAGAAGCAGUAUUAACUGUGGAGAGAGUGAACACAGUCGAAAUUGGACUACGAAGGCGACAAAUGGUGUUUUUAGAAAUCAUAUUUUUGAAUCUAACGUUACCGUCGCUCCCCGGCUAACCGCUAAGCUAGCUGCUCUUGCUAAGCUAACUUGUUAGCAUCACCGGGUGCCGUUGGAAGCCGAGGACACCUCCAGCCGCCGCCUUUUCACGGAAAUUAAAAGCAGACAAAAUGGCUCUUCUUUCCUCUUCAGACCUGGACAUUUUCUCCUACCAUGAUUCAAGUGUGUUUCACCUUUCUUUGUACUCCAGUUCCGUCACCGUCUUCACCAGCUUUUCCACAAGAAAGAAGUCCAACCACCACUCUCAAAAUAGCGCCAACGCAAUGGACCGUGCCGGUGUCACGGGCGAUAUUUCCUGGUCCGUCUGUGGUUGCGAUAAUCAGCAUGUGUAGUGCAGAGUAAAGGCUGUGUUUCAUUAAAAAGAUCUGAGUAAAUGGAAAGCGCUAAUAGUUGCUCCUGUUAAGCCGGGCUGGAUCCGCUGCAGCCUCCUGCAGUUUGACAGCUGUCAAAUAAGCAGCUAAACUACAGAGAACCUGGAACUGUCGAGUUAUCUCUGUUGCUCAGGUUAUGUUAGAUAAUUUAUAUUUUUCACUUUUGAGGUUAAAGAAAAUGUUCAGAAGUAUGAGCGGUGAUGAACAUUUAUCCGGCGGGCAGAGCUCGCCCUCUUUACCCCGGCAUGGAGUCACUUCUGCCGUGCUGGACAGCCAGGAAAGCUCGUGGAUCGGCUUGUUCUCCGUGGUGUCCAGGCCCGCGCUGACAUUUCUGCACAAAUAUCUCCCGGGACGACUGCGUACCCCGUCAGUGUCUGACAAACGAGCCGACUGGAUCAGCGGGGAUUUAAAAUGCAGCUUUGUUGAGGAAGAAAAUGAAUUUUUAAGACAACUGGACGACAUAAUGCCGCACUCGGCUAAUCACCUGACCUACCUGCGGUGUCAGCACGACGGAACCGCCGGCCUGCUGGAGCCGAAAGGCGGCAGCACUUUACCGUGGCUGACCGCUGAUUCUCUCCGGGAGCUAGGGAUUCAAAGCGCAGAAGAAAUUGAGUUAAAUCUGUGCCAUCACAAUCAGGUUGGAUAUUUGUCUUCUGCCAAGACUUUUCUCAGUCAAGUGUGGUUAAGCCCAGGGUCAUCUCAGGAUAUAAAACCCACAGGACAGAAGAACUGGGUGACGGAGACAGUCAGUUCCCCGGUGAAGAGCGGUGGGGCUAAAAGCAGGCCAUGGUGGGGCAGCUUUUGGGGCGGUGAUGAGAGCUCACAGAGAGGACUGUUGUCAGAUUUGUCCAGGGCUGAAGAGGAGACUCUGACAGGCCGGCUUUGUCCACAACACCUGCUGGCUGAAUCAAAAGCUCCCGCUGCCGAAACAACCGUUGUGUUUGUCCAGAGCUGUGGUGAGGGAUGGACGCAGGGAGAAAACACUGGACCGACUGACCACAAAGAGGGGCUGGCCAACAAUGGAGGCCUUCUAACAGUCCAGAACAGAAAGGGCUCCACGGCAAACCGCUGGCUCAGUAUCGGUAACCACCUGAGCAGCUCAGAAGCUGCCGCCGCCUGCAGUGAGGUGGCACUUCUGACCCCUGAUCAGGACAAUGGCUACUCCAGUCUGGAGGAGGAACACUUCCAGAUGUGCCAGCUGUAUAUGGUGAAAGCCCCAAGUGAAGAGCAGCCACAGCGGGAGACUGAAUCGACUGGUCCUCGGAAAGAUAUCAAGACAGAAAUGGAGGAAGGGAUGGAGGAGGGAGAGACUACAUCAGUGCAGGUGGAUGUCGAAAAGGGGAUGAAGGAAGAUGAGGAAGAACAGGAAGCAGUUCCUCUGGAGGGUCAGUCUGCAGCUGUGUCAGUGCUCACCAACCCUCAGUGCGAGAAUAAAGCCAUCGCGUUCAUCAUGGGCUGCCCCUGCAGUGACGACGACAGCAGCCAAUCAGAUGUGGAGUCCAGUGAUGAUGAUGAUGAUGAUGAUGAUGGCUUUGACAGCGAGGGCUCGUCUGAUCUGUCUGACACGUCCGAUGACGAUGAAGCCUCUGACUCGGACAGCGAGGGAGACUCUGAGGCGGAGCGGUUGUGGAAUUCAUUGUGCCAAAAUGUGGACCCGUACAAUCCCCGAAACUUCACCGCCCAGCUGCACACCAGGAGCACCCCACCUAGGAGCAUCCCCACGGCCACACCACCGUCUUCCACCCGGUCCACCCCUGCCUCCUCACCUGACCUCACUCCGCUCCCUCUCUCCACCUCUUCCCUGAACGCCUCCCCUCCUUCCGGCCAUGAUGUCUGGGAGGACUCCACCUCAGCCAGCGAGGUGGACGAAGCAGAAAGCCUGCUUCUGUGGACCUCCUUCAGCUGCUCCUCGGAUCCGUACAGCCCCUUUAACUUCCAGGCCCCGCUCAGGACUCGAGGCCCCACGGAGGCAGGGCCCCGGGCCAGGGCUAGGGCCAAGAAGGCCUCGCGGACUCCCACUUGCUCCCCCCACCAAACCCCAGCAUCUCCACCUGAGUACAGGAAGGAGGAGGCUGAGGAGCGGCUGGACAGUGGUUUCUCUGAACCGUCCACCUCCUCCAGCACCCGGAGCUGCAGCACAACCAAAAAGGUUCGCUUCUGCGACGAUGUGGAGGAGUUCUUCGCCAGCUGUGGCGAGGAGGAAGAGGACCGGCGGGGCCCCUGGGAGGAGCUGGCCCGGGACCGCUGCAGAUUCCUGCGACGCUGCCAGGAGGUGGAGCAGAGCAUCGCCUACUGCCUACAGCCGCAGCACCGCAGCCUGGUGUACCACCGCCUUACUGUCCUCUACGUCCAGCACGCCUGAGGACGAUGGACUUGUCCUCUACGUCCAAGACUCUGAGGACGACCUCGUAGUAAACACCUGUCACACUGAGGAAAUGAGGACUCGUGAAGCAGGGAGCGGAUUUGACACUAGCAGGUGGACAGACUCAGAGCUGCUGAACUCUUUACUGAGCGGCUUCGCUCCGGUCCACAUCUGUUUGCUUCUGCAGCUUCGUCUCUUUAACUCAGCACGAUUCAGGGCCACGUGAUUCGUAACACAAUCGCUUGGUGCAGCAGUAACUGGUGAUCUGAAGGGCUUAACCUGUGGCUUCACUGUGAGGAGAAAGUCUGUUAGAGGAGAAGUCAGCACUGUGUUCUGGUUCUGUGGACACAAAAGGGUCUCAGAGCUCACCUGUCAUGUCGUCUCUGUGGGUUUCAUGGUUUACAUCCCAGACACACAAACAAGCUGUUCUUUUCAUCACAAAUACAAGACAAAUCAGAAGCAUCAGCAGAUGGGUAAAGGAGGAAAGGAAAUACACUACAUGAUCUACUGAUUUGAUGAUGGUUGGUUUGUUCAGUUAAUCUGACAAAGGCAGACAAACAGAUAAUAUUCACAUUUGAGAAGCUGGAACCUGUGAACUUUAAACUUUGGUUUUCUCAAAAACUUACCUGAAAUGAUUAUUGUUAAAGUGUUUUAAUUUCUUAUGAUUAAUUAUUGACCAGACAAGAAAAACAUCUAAGAAACAACCUCAACAGCCUUAAACUCAUGUUUAAUUUCUGCCACUAGGGGGCUCUCAGUCAAAACAAAAGACUUUGAUGUAGUGAGGCAGAAGUUGUUGCCUUUGCAGAAAUGUUGACAGAUGAGGUGAUUUAAAGUUUUAUUCAUGUUGUGUUUAGUCGCGACUCGGACUUCUAUGAGUUGCAGCAAAAGGAAAUCAAAUUCAAGUCCUCAACUGGACAAAAUCCAACAAAGAUCUGUUGUCAUGUUUAGACUUUUUAAUGUGAGAGCGUUAGAUUUAAUGUUAAAAAUUGCGCACUUGGUGAAUGGGUUCUGAUCUUUUCUGCUCCACCUGAUACACACAGCGACGUGUUGAAUAACUUUCAUUUUAAAAAUAUUCCUCAGCUUGUUUGUGUGACUCGGAUGUUAAAGUCAAACUGCAGUCUGACUCGUUUGCCCCUCACGUUGAGUCAAACCAGAUGAAAGCAGUUCAGUAUUUUCUGUUUGCUGCUUUUAGUUUUAUCUUAAAAGCCAAAGAUCGUUUAAGUGUUGGUUGGUUUGCAUGAAUCUCAGUAUGGAAAGUGUUCCUCACAUGAUCGCUAAUCGUUAACUCUUAACAGUGUUGUGCUUCUGAUCAGUACACGAGUCACUGAGAGCUGGUGACAAAUUCCCUUUAAUGAAUCAUCUGUGUGAGGAAACUACAGCAGCAAACUUCACUGCCUCAUCUGAAGAGGAAGUCAGGACUUUCUGAGAAAUAUGAAAAAGUAUUUUGUUUCCUCCAAAACCUGUUGGAACGUGAGCCGGACUCCUCAGAUGAGUUGGCCUCGAUUCAAAGCAGCUGCAACCUUUUAGCUGUUAGCAUUUAAAUUUAGUCUUCACUUCUGGGUGCUCUAAUCUCAUCUUUUAAUUGGUUUAAUGGACUCGCAAGGACCUCUUUACAUUUGGGGAACUGGAAGGAAGCAGAGAUUUUUGUUUUUAGCUUGAUAAUUGACCUCACAGAUUAAUUGAUGAUCGAUUGCCUGUUCGGUUAGUCUUUGGGGAGAAAUGAGGGAACUCUAUUUAAAACUUUAAAGUAUUUCUUGAA